UUAUGGACACAGAGAGAAGCUCGUUCUCCAGAGCCAAAGAACUGCUCAACCAGGAAGAACAAAUGGGCGUGAGACAAAUAACUGAUGCACAGUGGGGUCCAAAAAUCUGAGACCACACUGAAAAUCUGCGUCUUUUAAAACUGGAAAUAAACAGUGUGUAAAACAAAUAAAAGUUAUGAUGCAAAAUGAAGAAGAAAUAUUUAAGAUUUUGCACUAUAUCUAGUUCACUAAUCAAAUGUGAGCACAUCUGUGACAUUGACCUUUGUGCAAAAGGUAAGAUUUCCUUGCUUCCAUUGAAGUACACAUUCUCAAAUCAUGCUGGAUAACAUGGGUCAGGUUUUGGCAUCUUGUGGAGUUCAUGCUCUAGUGAACAAUUUGCUAAAUAGAAGCAUUUUCACUAGUGGUCUCAAGAUUUUUAGACCCCACUUUAUGCAAAAAGCACUGAACUCAUACCUGUACAUUUCGCAAAUCAUUAAGAACCCCUAACCUGUGAAAUAUGAUCACAGAAACAUCUCCAUGGUUAGUUUACACAUACUGUUCAUGUUUGAACGCUUGAUUUUUUGUUGUUGUUGUUGUUGUUGUUGCAAUUUAUAGCUGCUGCAGCUCACUGGCCAUUAAUGGUAGUAAGAAAACAACAAAUUCAAGCUGGCUAUUUUAUCUUCUGUAAAUGCAGGUUUGCAGGAGCAGUUGGAUAUGGUGACAACAAAAGUGGUGAAGGCACAGAAAGAGCUGCACACUCUGAAGACAUACAAAGAUAUGGAGUACCCAGUCAAGGCCUUGCAAAUUGCAAACAUUGAAAGAGAGCUGGAUAAACUGAGAGAGAAGCAGCAGCAGCCAACAACGUUACAGAAUACUCCACCUCCCAUGGACCCAGCGGUUUUGCUUCUGCGCUUACGUCAGGGGAAUCGUCCUCUGGAGGACUAUGUUGAGGACUUCUGCGGUCUAGCCAGCCAGGUGGACUUCAAUGAGGUUGCCCUCAAGGGUUGUUUUAGAUUUGGACUAAAUGAGUCCAUUUCUUUUUUGAUGCCUGGCGAUCGCAGUUCCCUCAGCCUGGCUCGAUAUAUCGACCUCGCCCUUCAAUUCAUCGGUUCCCACUGUGGGGGAGGCGGAUCCCGAGCCAGAGUCCCACGUCAUGGCCGCCGCCCACGUCAUGGCCGCCGCCGAGCCAGAGUCCCACGUCAUGGCCGCCGCCGAGCCAGAGUCCCACGUCAUGGCCGCCGCCGAGCCAGAGUCCCACGUCAUGGCCGCCGCCGAGCCAGAGUCCCACGUCAUGGCCGCCGCCAAGCCAGAGUUCCACAUCACAGCGACGCCUCAGCCUGCUCCAUGCCACGUCCCAGCGACGCCUCAGCCUGCUCCAUGCCACGUCCCAGCGACGCCUCAGCCUGCUCCAUGCCACGUCCCAGCGACGCCUCAGCCUGCUCCAUGCCACGUCCCAGCGACGCCUCAGCCUGCUCCAUGCCACGUCCCAGCGACGCCUCAGCCUGCUCCAUGCCACGUCCCAGCGACGCCUCAGCCUGCUCCAUGCCACGUCACAGCGACGCCUUAGCCUGCUCCAUGCCAUGUCACAGCCACACCUGAGCAGUGGGACCUGGAGAUGGUUCCCACCCUUAUACCCACCUUUAGUUCUCCUGAGCAGGCAAGGGGAAUUUUCGGCACUCCGAUCCCGCCUGGACCCUCUGAGCCCUGGACUUCGCUUUGGCCUGUUGGUCCCUCGACAUUGCCUCAGCUCGGCGUUCCCUCGGCUCCACUACGGUCCUUCAGCCUGUCAGCUGUGCCGGGGUCCCUCGUCCCUCUGGCUCCUCCUUGGUCUGUCGGUCACCUGGCUCCGCUUUGGCUCUACGAUCCCUCAGCUCCGCCUUGCUCCUUCGAGCCUCUAGCACCGCCUUGGUCCUCCCUGCCAUCGGCUCCACCCUGGCCCUUCGUGUCUUCGGCUACUCUCCGGGCACCACGUUCCAAGGCUUCGCCCCUCGAGCCUCUCAUGGCUCCAUCUUCCAUGGCUCUGCCCCUCGAGCCUCUCAUGGCUUCACCUCCCACAGACUUUGCCCUUGUCCCAUGCCCCUUGCCCUUUCUCGCCACGCCAUGCACCACGCCUCAA